AGCUGCUCGACGUUCCUCCGUUCUUUUACAGAAGUCCAACUCACUUCAUGUGAAGGGACGUCCACUGACAGACCCCACAUUUCCUCGUCUUCCCCGCGGACUCUAUGGAAGCAUCACUGCAAUGGAGUGAAGCCGAGGCGCUGGAAAAGAAACUAGCGUCCAUGCUGAAAGAUCGUCAGUCCACUGGUCGGCUCCUUGAGCAAACUGUUACGCAGUCAGUUUCCGAACUUCUUCCCCACUGGUUGAUUGAGCUGAUGCUCUGUAUUUCGAAGACUGCAAGAGGCAUAUGAGACAGUUAUCUUUCAAGAUUUCCGCUUCGCGCAGGAGAAGGAUGUUGAAGGCCGCAUGUGGCUCAAACACCACCGGAUCAUUGAGCAGUACCGAAAGAACCUUACCCACUUCCAGAAUCAGUACGGCAAAAAACGGCCGGUGGAGCUGCGGAAGCUACAGGAUGCCUUUGUUGGAUUCAUCAAGCAGACCACCCGGUUCUAUCGCUCGUUCAUCCAGCGCUUGAUAUCGCACUUUGGGGUCCACGAGCUGGAAUGGAUCAUCACCAGAUUUCAUCUCUCCAUGAGCAUACCGGACACAGUCAUAGAAUGUAACUCGGAUACCAGGCAGCAAGUCAUUCGAUCCUGCCAUCGCACUUUGGUCUUCCUCGGGGACCUAUCUAGAUACCGAGAAGUUCCUCGAAAUCCAAAAAACUGGGGGCCCGCAACUGGAUAUUAUACUCUUGCCAAAACUUUGAUUCCGGUGUCUGGAACGCCACACAACCAGUUGGCUGUCAUCGCGAUCAAUGAAGGCUCCAACCUAUCCUCCACAUACCACCUUUACCGGGCUAUGUCCGUGGCAGAGCCAUUCCCUCAAGCCAGCGAAAACCUCGAGAAGGGUUUCAGAAAAGCACUCAAGGCUUAUGAAUCAGAAACACCGGCAACCACCCGCCUCAUGAGGAAAGAAGAACAAUCCGUGAAGGAUCUGAUAACACUAUUCGUCCGAUUACAUGCCAAAUGUUAUACGGCUAGAGACUUUUCCGAUUACGAGAGCUUGGAGAGCGAGAUGUUGACGCAGCUCGCGCAGGAUCUUAAAGACCGAAAUUUGUCGAAUGGGAUCUUGACGAAGAUGGUCCUGAUCAACAUCGCGGCCCAAUACUUUGCCGCCAAACGGGCAUCCCGCCAUGCGACCUCCCACUCUUUCGUCAGCUUUCUCCGUCUGAAUGUGGCCACAUUCACCACCCUCCAUCAAGUAUUCCAACCCGAGCUCGAACGGGCCGUUGGCGAACGUACCUCCAACGAUGCUGAAAACCUUAGCGCAAUUGGCCGCCGAAUGCUUCCCAGCCUGCGAAUAUACUCCACUUGGCUCCAAGUCAACCAUCCUAUCCUUGUGAACCAGCAAACAGGCACUGCAAUCUCCGUUCUGAUCAAGCAGUUAUGGCAGACAUACGCCAACACCCUGUCUCUGCUUGCUGCCACCUUCAGUAUCAGUAUGGACAACUUUCCCACACUGGAUUAUCUCCUCGAAGAAGACGAUGAUACCCUCGGCUUUCAGCCGUUUGCGCAGAUCAAUGGGAAUACUACUGUGAAUUGGAAAGACGAGCAGAGGGGGGAGACGGAUCGCGCGCAUCCGAACGAGGAGGUUCUGGCACGGAUCCAUUUCCUCCUCGAGGAUGGAAAGCAUCUGUGUCUCAAAGAAGAUGUUCCAAUCACAGCCUCGAGCGAUGGCACGAUAACGUACAAAGAAGAAGGGAUCCUGACCAGCACGCCAUCGAUCGGGAUGAACUCGAGUCUAAACAUCACCGGCAGCGAAUCGGCCUUCAUCAGCAAAAAGCUCACGCGCCCCGAGGGCUCGUUGGCAGAGAGUGUGCUGGGACAGGGAGGCGCGAGUAUUGUGGACUCUGUUACCGGGUCAGAGACUAUGAUUGUCAUGAAUCGUAUGGUGGAUUCUCUUGUCGGUCCUAGAGAGGAUGCGAGCGAUGAUGAGGUUGUGGGGAAGAAACGGAAGAAACCAUAUGAGCUAUGAACGGGAGGGGACGAGGGCAUUGGGACGGAUGGACAGCUGUAGUCUAGUAAUCUUGUGCGAAGGCACCGGCUGACAUGGGUUUGAUGAGAAGAUGACGAUAUCAUGGAGACAACAAGCGCGAAGUAGAUGGUAGCCCAUCGAGAAUAGAUGAACCGAAUGAGAUUUUUUUGUUUGUUGAAACAGUACAAG